GUCGGAGGUAAAUAUUAAGGCGGUGGGUGUGGGGCGCCGGGGCUGGACUGGGACGAGGGCUAGCGACACUGGGGAAGGGGCGACGCCCCGUUGCCGGAGUUUCCCCCUUUCCAGGGUGAGGAUGGUUCUCUACAACAACCUGGAGUUGUUUAGUUGAAAGGUGUGCUCUGUCGAAACAAGGCAUUUUGCUUUGCUGUCUUUUUACAGCAUGGACACCAAAUUGCUAAAAACGUGCUUUGGGACUGCCAGUGAAUUUAUCUUUUGCGGUUUUACUACAAACUUAGUAGUUCCAUUUUUUUUGAGUUAAUAUUUUGGAGUUAAUGUCACAAUGAGUUCAGGCUUAUGGAGCCAAGAAAAAGUAACUUCACCCUACUGGGAAGAGCGGAUUUUUUAUUUGCUUCUUCAAGAAUGCAGUGUCACAGACAAACAAACACAAAAGCUCCUUAAGGUACCAAAGGGGAGUAUAGGACAGUGUAUCCAGGAUCGUUCUGUGGGGCACUCGAGGAUUCCUUCUGCAAAAGGCAAGAAAAAUCAGAUUGGAUUAAAAAUUUUAGAGCAACCACACGCAGUUCUCUUUGUUGAUGAAAAGGAUGUCGUAGAAAUAAAUGAAAAGUUCACAGAGUUGCUUUUGGCAAUUACCAAUUGUGAAGAGAGGUUCAGCCUAUUUAAGAACAGAAACAGACUAAGUAAAGGCCUCCAGAUAGAUGUGGGCUGCCCUGUGAAAGUACAGCUGAGAUCUGGGGAAGAAAAAUUUCCUGGAGUUGUGCGCUUCAGAGGACCCUUAUUAGCAGAGAGGACAGUGUCGGGAAUAUUCUUUGGAGUAGAAUUACUGGAAGAAGGUCGUGGCCAAGGUUUCACUGAUGGGAUAUAUCAAGGGAAACAGCUUUUUCAGUGUGAUGAAGACUGUGGCGUAUUUGUUGCGUUGGACAAGCUAGAAAUCCUAGAAGAUGAUGACAAUGGAUUGGAAAGUGAUUUUGCAGGUCCAGGGGACACAAUGCAGAUGGAACUUCCCCCUCUGGAAAUAAACUCCAGAGUUUCUUUGAAGCUUGGAGAAACUAUAGAGUCUGGCACAGUUAUAUUCUGUGAUGUCUUGCCAGGAAAAGAAAGCUUAGGAUAUUUUGUUGGUGUGGACAUGGAUAAUCCUAUUGGCAAUUGGGAUGGCAGAUUUGAUGGAAUACAGCUUUGUAGUUUUGCAAGUGUUGAAAGUACAAUUCUCUUGCACAUCAAUGAUAUUAUCCCAGCUUUAUCAGAUAGCGUGACACAGGAAAGGAGGCCUCCCAAACUUGCCUUUAUGUCAAGAGGUGUUGGGGACAAAGUUUCAUCCAGUCAUAAUAAACCAAAGGCCACAGGAUCUACCUCAGACCCUGGAAAUAGAAACAGAUCUGAAUUCUUUUAUACUUUAAAUGGAUCUUCUGUUGACUCACAACCACAAUCCAAAUCAAAAAACACAUGGUACAUUGAUGAAGUUGCUGAGGACCCUGCAAAAUCGCUUACAGAGAUGUCUGCAGACUUUGGACACACUUCACCACCACUGCAGCCUCCUUCUAUGAACUCAUUAUCCGCCGAGAACAGAUUUCACUCUUUACCAUUCAGUCUGACAAAGAUGCCCAAUACCAAUGGAAGUAUUGGCCACAGUCCACUCUCGCUGUCAGUUCAGUCCGUGAUGGGAGAGCUAAACAAUGCACCUGUCCAGGAGAGUCCACCCUUGGCCAUGACUUCUGGGAACUCUCAUGGUCUGGAAGUGGGCUCUCUGGCUGAAGUUAAAGAGAAUCCUCCUUUCUAUGGGGUAAUCCGUUGGAUUGGUCAGCCGCCAGGACUCAACGAGGUGCUAGCUGGACUGGAACUGGAAGAUGAAUGUGCGGGCUGUACGGAUGGAACCUUCAGGGGCACCCGGUACUUCACGUGUGCCCUGAAGAAGGCGCUGUUUGUUAAGUUAAAGAGCUGCAGGCCCGACUCUAGGUUCGCGUCUCUGCAGCCAGUCUCCAAUCAGAUCGAGCGCUGCAACUCUCUAGCAUUUGGAGGCUACUUGAGUGAAGUAGUGGAAGAAAAUACCCCACCCAAAAUGGAAAAAGAAGGUUUAGAGAUAAUGAUUGGAAAGAAGAAGGGUAUCCAGGGUCAUUACAAUUCUUGUUACUUAGACUCAACCUUAUUCUGCUUGUUUGCUUUUAGUUCUGUUCUGGACACUGUGUUACUUAGACCUAAAGAAAAGAAUGAUGUAGAAUAUUAUAGUGAAACUCAGGAGCUCCUGAGGACAGAAAUUGUUAAUCCUCUGAGAAUGUACGGAUAUGUGUGUGCAACAAAGAUUAUGAAACUGAGGAAAAUACUUGAAAAAGUUGAGGCUGCAUCAGGAUUUACCUCCGAAGAAAAAGAUCCUGAAGAAUUCUUGAAUAUCCUGUUUCAUCAUAUUUUAAGGGUAGAGCCAUUGUUAAAAAUAAGAUCAGCAGGUCAAAAAGUACAAGAUUGUUACUUCUAUCAAAUUUUUAUGGAAAAAAAUGAGAAAGUUGGAGUUCCUACAAUUCAGCAAUUAUUAGAAUGGUCUUUUAUCAACAGUAACCUGAAAUUUGCAGAGGCACCAUCAUGUCUGAUUAUUCAGAUGCCUCGAUUUGGAAAAGAUUUUAAACUGUUUAAAAAAAUUUUUCCUUCUCUGGAGUUAAAUAUAACAGAUUUACUUGAGGACACCCCCAGGCAGUGCCGGAUAUGCGGGGGGCUCGCCAUGUAUGAGUGUAGAGAGUGUUACGACGACCCUGACAUCUCCGCCGGAAACAUCAAGCAGUUCUGUAAAACCUGCAACACUCAAGUCCACCUGCACCCCAAGAGACUAAACCACAAAUAUAACCCGGUGUCACUUCCCAAAGAUUUACCUGACUGGGACUGGAGGCACGGCUGCAUCCCCUGCCAGAAGAUGGAAUUGUUUGCUGUUCUCUGCAUAGAGACGAGCCACUAUGUCGCCUUUGUGAAGUACGGGAAGGACGACUCGGCCUGGCUCUUCUUUGACAGCAUGGCUGAUCGGGAUGGUGGCCAGAACGGCUUCAACAUUCCUCAAGUCACCCCGUGCCCAGAAGUGGGGGAGUACCUGAAAAUGUCUCCCGAGGACCUGCACUCCCUGGACUCCAGAAGGAUCCAAGGCUGCGCACGAAGACUUCUCUGUGACGCGUACAUGUGCAUGUACCAGAGCCCGACCAUGAGUCUGUACAAGUAAUGGGGCAUCUGGGCAGGGGCGGCGGCCGGAGGAGCGGUGGUCCGCUCUCAUUUGCCCCGAGCUGCCGGUUUUGUUCCGCGUCCAUUGCCGGCAAUGGAUGUCUUUGUGGUGGUGAUCCUGCCGAAAAGGAGUCCUGUGUUUAAAAAAACCCAUUGCUUUUGUGUUACCGAAGUAUUUAAUAAGAAGCAUUUUGCACUCUAGAAAGUAUGUUUGUGUUGGUUUUUUAAAAAGUCUAAAUGAAGUUAUUAACACCUGAAGCUUUAAGUUAAGUGCAUCGAUCCUACGAUAUUUUUGGAAGCAUAAAAUUUUAAUUGUGACAGUUUAAAACCUCUUUUAGUCCAUUGAGGAUGUAAAUAAAUGUGUCUUCUUUAUGGACCAAGGAUAUGAAAUCAUUUUUCCUUUUAGCUAUUGGUUGCCUUGAGGAAGAAAUAUGUUGGCUUUAUUCAGAGUCUGCUUUCAAACCAGUUA